GUUUCUCAUAGCUGAGUGGAGACAACAUGAGAGUGGGGAAAAUGCUUCUGGUUCUGCUGCAGAUGUUGCUGCUUUCAUGUGGGGCUCAGCCGCGAUGCGACCCGCAGAUAAGAGGAAUGUGCAAACCAGCAGUGGAAGAAAAGCCCAAAUGCACAGACAUCCUGCUGUCCUACUGUGAGGACAUGCCCUACGCUCGCACCACGUUCCCAAACAUCCUCGGACACAGCACCCGGGAGGAUGCAGAAUCUGGAGUUGAGUACCUCCUCAUCAGCGUAGUUGAAUCCCUGCUGGGCGGACAGUGCAACCCUGAGAUCCGGAUGCUGGGCUGCUCGGUUCUGGCCCCCCGCUGCGAAGAAAGCAAGGUGCUAAGGCCAUGCCGCAGCUCCUGCGAGGUGGUUCACAAAAAAUGCAGUGAUGCUUUUGAGAAGAUCAGAAUGGCUUGGCCCUACUUCCUGGAUUGUGAUCGCUUCUUUGUAAGUGAGCAGGAGGGAUGUUAUGACCCACUGGAUGGUCUCAAAGAAGAAGAGGGCGCUCAGACCUUAGAGGUUCCUCAGCCUGAGCAGGCUGCUGAACCGAUCCAGUUCACCUACCACACCAACUCCCAGAUGUUUGGAGUCUUAAAGAAGACGGAAGAUCAAUGCUCUGAAAUUUCCAGGACGUACAGCAUUGGCCGUAGCACAGAGGGCAGGGAGCUGCUGGUGAUCGAGUUCUCAAACAGUCCGGGGGAACAUCAGCUACUCAAGCCUGAGGUAAAGCUCAUCGGUAACGUGCAUGGAAAUGAAGUCCUUGGUCGCCAGCUGCUUAUCUACCUGGCUCAGUACAUCUGCUCAGAGUAUCAGCAAGGAAACGAACGCAUCCAGACACUUGUCAAUAACACUCGCAUCCACAUCCUGCCCUCCAUGAAUCCUGACGGAUACCAGCUUGCUACAUCGGAAGACGGUGACGAUAACUAUGAAGAGGGUGACAUGUAUGGCUCUAGAAACAUCGGCCGAAACAAUGCCCAGAACAUUGAUCUGAACAGAAACUUUCCUGACCUGACGACCAUUGUUUAUGGAAGGCGCAGACGGAAAGGCUUUCACACCAAUCACAUUCCAAUCCCAAAUAAUUACUGGUUUGGUAAGGUUGCACCAGAAACGUAUGCAGUUAUGAAGUGGAUCCGCUCCAUUCCGUUUGUGCUCUCUGCUAGUUUCCAUGGGGGAGACUUGGUGGUCUCUUAUCCUUAUGAUCUGUCCAAACACCCGCGUGGAGAGAGCAUGUUCUCCCCAACACCAGAUGAAAAGGUUUUUAAACUUCUUGCGAGAACUUAUGCAGAUUCCCACCGAACAAUGUCCAAGGCAACAUGCCACCCUGGAAGCCAGAAAGGGGUCGUUAAUGGAGCACAGUGGUCUAGUAUUACAGGCGGUAUGCAAGAUUUCAACUAUCUUCACACCAACUGUUUUGAGGUGACUGUGAAUGUUGGAUGUGAGAAAUUUCCUCCCGAGGAGGAACUUUUCCUCAGCUGGCAGGAUAACCAGAAAGCAUUGAUCGCCUUCAUUGAAGCAGCUCACCGAGGGAUCAAAGGAUUUGUGAAAGAUGAGGAUGGAAAUGGAAUUAAAGGUGCAAGAGUAUCAGUCAGAGGAAUACGACAUGACGUAACCACAGCUGAAAAUGGAGAGUACUGGCGUCUUCUCACUCCAGGAAUCCACAUAGUCACUGCCUCUGCAUCUGGGUACACCAGAGUCACAAAAAGGGUCCAACUGCCCGCUGUCAUGCAGACUGCAGGCCGAGUGGACUUUCUGCUGCAGAAAGCUUCUCAAGACUCUGACCUGCAAGAGGGUGAAAGCAUCGGGUUGUCCAUGAGCACCUAUGAGCAGUUUGACCCAUACAACCAGUACACUCAUUACACCAAGAUGGCUGAUGUUGACCAGCAGCAUGAGGAGAGAGUGGAGAAACCCUGGUGGUGGAGCUACUUUGUCUCACUUGGGGGCCCUGCCCCAACAUGGCUGCUGAAGCACUAUUAGAGCUUUAAAAUGAGAAAAACAAUGCAUUGAAUUUUAUUUAAUAGAGUAAUGCAUGCCUGCAAGUGUACAUUAUUAGUCUCAUUGUAGUUGUUUGAAUAUUUAUCCAAGUGCCUUUUAUU